AUGCAUUUAAACCAGGCCUUUGUGAGAGCUGCAUCACAUCUCACAGGCGAGUGGUGUCGCAACAAUCAAAAGCUAAUUCUUGCCUGUGAUAUGGAUGAGACUCUGUUGACGGAAUCUGAGGACGAUCAACACUUCAUCCUGCGUCCUAAAGUACUCUACAUGCUACGCAACCUGCGUGCUCUCUACGAGCUUUGUCUAGUGACUUACUCCACGCGUGAUCGAACUGAAGACAUUCUACGACUCAAGUUAGAUCCAAAUGGACGUCUAUUCAAUGGUCGCGUGCUUUGUCGUGAAGACGUGUUAGCAGGAUUUGAGAAUAAGCGUGAAGCACUUUUCGCGCAUUUGCCUCAAGGUAGGACUAACAAGGGUUUAAUGAAGGUUCGCCGACUCAAAUCUGGAUGCACGGCGAGACCACCCGCCUGGCCCUAUAUUGUUAUGCUGGACGACUUUCCAGCCGCUUGGUCCAACUUCUCCUCCUGCAUUCCUAUCCGUCCCUUUUUGCUCGGACCAGAUGGAGGUGGAUCCACCUCCACUGGCAGAGCGUCUACCAAAAUCCUGUCCGGUGAAUGUGGAUACGUACUUAGUGUUUACAGAUUUUUAGUCAAACUGCACACAGCUGUCUUCCAACGGGUCAGAACACCUGUUGAAGUGGAUCAGAAUUGUGCACCACUGCGAGUACGAGGCGAGAGAAGGGCUAUGUGUAGGAAGAAUAGCAGUGGCAGCAAUGGUCAGAUGCAAGUAACGGCAUUCUCAGCACUGGUGAACCUCAAAAGACGCAUCAACUCGGCUCAGCGUUUCCAAAACAUGUGCUACGUAGAUCCGGGUCAACUACUCACAUUCGAUUGCAUCAAAACUCCCAUUGAACGACGAUCAAGAUCAGCGUUCAACCAAUCACGCGUGUAUGUCGACUCGCAUUAG